ACAAACGAGAAAAGGGAGGAAAGAAGAAAAUAUAGCUAAUUCAUAGUUGCUUUUAGCUUGGAAGAAUUGUAAAAUCUUCCAUGGGUAAGGAGGACUGUUGCUCAACGCAACUCAUAGAUGUUAAUGGAGAAUUCAACUUCAAAGGUCUCGAGAAUUUCGUUAGCUCAGUCAAACUUCACCGCUGUGGUCUCUCUUAUGCUGUUGUUGCUAUUAUGGGACCGCAGAGUAGUGGGAAAAGUACCUUGUUAAACCAUUUAUUUUAUACCAAUUUUAGGGAGAUGGAUGCUUUUAGAGGAAGGAAUCAAACAACCAAGGGAAUUUGGAUUGCAAAUGCUGUCGGCAUUAAGCCAUUGACCAUUGUCAUGGAUUUGGAGGGUACUGAUGGAAGAGAGAGGGGUGAGGACGAUACAACAUUUGAGAAACAAAGUGCCUUGUUUGCUUUGGCUGUUGCAGAUGUUGUGCUAAUAAACAUGUGGUGCCAUGAUAUUGGUAGGGAGCAGGCUGCCAAUAAACCUCUUCUCAAAACAGUAUUUCAGGUCAUGAUGCGUUUGUUUAGUCCCCGCAAAACUACCCUUCUUUUUUUUAUACGUGAUAAAACAAAGACUCCACUAGAAUAUCUGGAGCCCAUUCUGAGGGAGGAUAUCCAGAAGAUAUGGGAUGCAGUUCGAAAGCCACAAGCACACAAGGACACCCAACUCUGUGAAUUUUUCAAUGUAGAAGUCACUGCUGUACCCAGUUAUGAGGAGAAGGAAGAGCAGUUUAAAGAUCAGGUUGCUCAACUUAGGCAGCUUUUUUUCCACUCCAUCUCUCCAGGAGGCUUGGCUGGCGAUAGGCGGGGUGUUGUUCCAGCCUCUGGUUUUUCUUACAGUGUACAGCAAAUAUGGAAAGUCAUCAAAGAAAACAAGGAUCUCGACUUGCCUGCUCACAAGGUCAUGGUGGCCACUGUGCGUUGUGAAGAAAUUGCAAAUGAGAAGUUCAGUAGUUUGAUGAUAAAUGAGGACUGGCUAGCUCUUGAGCAUGAAGUGCAAGAGGAUGCAGUUCGAAAUUUUGGAAGACGACUAAGCUCCAUCUUAGAUAACUUUCUGUCAGAGUAAGUGGCUGU